GAUCGUAGAAAUUCGAUUAAACGACGAUAACCUUUCUGUUAACAUUAACUCGACGCGCCCACCGGUCGGUUGCGACUGAGCUACUAAAACAUCACGCGCAUACAAAAGAUAGAUAGAGAGAGAGAGAGAGAGAAAUGGAAAACUCGCUGGAAUUAUGGAAGAAAAAAGAUCCAUUGGGAAAUAUGUGAUAUCUGAACGUGCACUAACGAAACUUGAAACAAUUAAAGAUGCGUUGAAAGAAGACAUUUGUAAUGCUGAUAAUAGAUGGAAAGUGAUAGGAAAUAAGAAAGCAGAAAAUGUAGAUACAGAUACAGACACAGAGGAAACUAAUGCAAUGGAUGUUGAGGAAUCAACGGAUGCUAUGAAUACUACACAAAUACCCUCAACUCAAUUUUAUUUUAGUCAGGCUGGGACAAAUAAUAUUAAGGAUAUUGAAGAUGGAAAAGAUAUUGCUUUGCAAAUAUGCGACAUUAUUGAAGUUUUGUAUGAGGGAUUAGAGCGUAAUAAUGGAAAGCUAGAUUUUGUUCAUUUAGAAAAUCUAUCAAAUAAUGAUCUCGUAAAAGUUUUCACAGAUUUAGGUGAAAAAUUAAGUAUUAAAGGUAUUUACAAUUUAUGUUUGUCGACUAAAGAUAUUAAUGCAGAAGAAGGAAUUAAAUAUAUGGGUCUUGUAUGUACUCAUGUUCUGUUGCCAAAGAUAAUUAAACUAGAAGAAUCGUCAAGAUUAAUAACAUCUGGAAUAGGAGAAUGCGUUGAAAAAUUUCCAGAUGAAGUUUUAAAAUUUAUUUUCAUACCUGUUCUAAAUAUUGAUUUAAAAGAUGCAUCAAUUAUGAAUGUUAUCGUCAGUACUUUCCAACCUGAAAAAAGAUCUGUUCUUAUAUCAGAAUAUGUGGAAAAUGCAAAGGAAUUAAAAGAAUGGCAUAUAUCUAUUUUAGAAAUUUUGUUAUCUGUAAAAAUAGAUUCAAACAUAUAUGAUAAAUUAAUAAGAUUAUUAUUGGGAAAAGCAGUUUUCUUUUCUACAAAUAUCAAAUUUAGCAAAUUGCUUUUGUCUUUUUUAAAAGCAAAUCGAAUUACAUCAGAGGAACAGAAAGAUUUACUGCAGGAAAUAAUCGAAGUCAAUGAAACUUUGUUUAAAAGACCUAUAGAAAAUAUUUUGAAAAAGAUUGCAAGCAUGGCUGAAGAAUUGUCGGGUGUAACUAUAGUAAUAUUUAUAGCAGCUGGAGUUUUAACAAUUCUGUUAUUAUUCAUUUUUGCUAAACGACAGAUAAUGAGAUUUGCUUUGCGUUCACGACGCGGACCACAUAUUCCUAUUGGGCACGAUACUAAAAAGUCACUGAAGAGAGAAAUCGAAAGGCGUAUAGAAGUAAUACCAAGAAUUCAAUAUGAACCACAACUUAUAAGUGACUCCAGAUAUAUCUUAACUCCUGGCAGUCAAAUUCCACCACAUUAUUAUAGAUUGAAAGCCGUAGAUGAUAUUAAAACUUUAGAAGCUGAAAUUACAAAGUAUGACAGUUGCUUAAAAAGGCAUCCAUCUGAAAACUUAAGAGCAUAUUUAUUAUCGACCCUUGCAACACCGUUAAAUGGAAGUGGUCAACGUUUGAUUCAUCAAUUUUGUGAUUUGUAUGAACAUGCAAAACAUGAUCCAACAGAAUUUGGUGAUGAAGAAUAUCAAGUAUAUACACGUUUAUUUCUUAAAUUAAUGGAUGCAGCUCGUCUCUUGAAGUCUUAUCCAAGUAGUAAAAAAUCCAGUCCAAGCCGUACACCUAUAAAGAAGAAUAUAGAAACUAAAAGGAAUAUAUUGGAACCACGAAUGCGUUUGCCUGAAGAUCAGGUAUUAACAGGGUCAAGACCAAGCACCUUAACAGUAAUGGCACUAGAUAAUAGUGAAACAUCUGUUUAGCAUUAUGAGAAUCGUCACAUACAACAUAUGUGACGAGUGAAAUGUGUAUAUAUAUAUGUAUAUAUAACAUAUCUGAUUUAAUUUUUUUUUUAUUUGCGUUUACCUAUACAUUCAUACAAAAAUAUAUAUGUAAUAUUUAUAACUUCUUACUAAAAGAUAUGGAUGUUAUCGCAGUACAGUAAAUGCUAUAUCUACAAAUGUAGAAUAGAUAACUCUAAUUUUUAUAUACAAUAUUGCUCUUUUUUAUAUUUAUCAAAAAUGUAAUAUUUAUCAUAUAGGAUCUAAUAUCGUUUAAUCAAUUCAAAACUCAAAAACUAAAUUAAUUGUAUUAUUAUAUAUUUAUACAUUGUACAUUUAUAUUUAUAUAUAUUCCUAAGUCGUCUAUACUGAUAAAUAAGUAAACCAAUUCUUAUUAUAAUGCGGAUGAUGUUUUAAGGAAAUUAAUGAAUUAUGAAAUGCAGAUUUAUACAGUUCUGGUAUGGAACUUAUUCUCAUUAGAUGUAACCACUCCAUUACCUGAGAAAUUGUUAUUGAAAAUUACUGUUAAUAUAGUAUCAAUUAGAAAUUAUUCGUAUGUACAAUUAUAUGCAUGCUAUAAUAGAGAAUAUCUACUUUUUAAAGAUUACCUGAGGGAUUAUAUGAUCCUUCCAAUAUUGUAUAUCAGCAAGCAUAGCUAUGGCUUGUGGGAAUAAUCUUAUUCUGACAUGUUGCGAAGAUACAAUAGAAUCUGCAUCCAUUAUUAUGCAAUCCAUUCCAGAUAAACAAAUAAUAGAAACGAAAAAAAUAUCACAGUAAAAUAAAAUUCGUCGGUCAUCUUCAGAUAUUUCUGGUAUAAGUGCUUGAAUACGAUUUAUAAAAUCUAUAACCCAAUCUGAUGUAUACAUUUUAGAUUUCACUUCAGUUUGCACUCUUUGAACUGCUUGUAACAAAUAUAACUGUACACUGUAAAAA